UAUUCACGAUAUUAGCAGCUUAUUCUGACUAAAUAAUUAUAUCGCUGUAUUAACUGGACCAGCGAUGAAGUGGUGGACGUGUGUGGUGUUCGCGUGCGCGGCCGUGCUGGCUGACGACGAGUGGCGCGAGGUGAGGACUGCGCAAGGGCCGGUGCGCGGGCGCAAGCACCCCACUGCAGACAUGUACGCCUUCUACAACAUACCCUACGCCACCGCGCCCACGGGCGAGGACAAGUUCAAGGCGCCGCUACCAGGACCUGUAUGGUUGGAACCAUUUGACGCUGUCGACGAGAGGGUUGUAUGUCCACAGGCAAAGCUCCCGAUGGAUAUCAUGAAAAAUGUUGUUGAGAAGGAAAAUUGUCUCAUCGCUAAUGUAUUUGUGCCAAACACGGAAGAAAAAAAUUUGUCCGUGGUAGUCUAUGUCCAUGGAGGGGCUUUCAUAAUAGGCAGUGGCAACAUGAUUCAAGCGACACAUUUAAUGAAGACAAAUGAUUUUAUAAUGGUCUCAUUUAACUAUCGACUCGGCAUUCACGGCUUCCUAUGUCUGGGCACUGAGGACGCGCCAGGCAAUGCUGGCAUGAAGGACCAGGUGGCGCUGCUGCGCUGGGUGCAGAAGAACAUCGCCAGCUUCGGCGGUAACCCUGAUGAUGUUACUAUUGUAGGUAGCAGUGCUGGGUCUGCAUCAGUAGAUCUGUUAAUGUUGUCUAAGUCGGCGGAAGGAUUAUUCCACCGAGUAAUACCUGAAAGUGGAGGGAACCUUGCGGCAUUUACUGUUCAGCGGGAUCCUGUGGAAAUUGCUAAGACCCAUGCCAAAAAGUUAAACUUCAAUAACGUAGAUGAUAUUUAUGCUUUGGAAGAGUUUUACAAGACAGUUCCGAUGGAACUGUUAACCUCGGAUCAUUUCUUCGAUAGAACUGAUGCCACAUUCGUAUUUGGGCCGUGUGUGGAACGUGAUACAGGAGACGGUGCAUUCCUUACAGAAUCUCCUCUGAGUAUACUCAAGAGUGGUAACUACAGGAAAUUACCACUGUUGUAUGGAUUCGCUGAAAUGGAAGGUCUGAUGCGUAUUAACGUAUUUGAACUUUGGAAGCACAAAAUGAAUGAAAAGUUUUCUGAUUUCUUGCCAGCCGACUUGAAGUUCGAUUCUGAAGAAGAAAGAGAAGAAGUAGCCGAUAAGAUUAAGAGGUUUUACUUUGGCGACAAACCAGUGGGCGAUGAAAAUGUAUUGAAAUACGUUGAUUACUUUUCGGAUGUCUAUUUUGCUUAUUCCAUGCUUUGGGCUGUGAAGUUGCACGCGGAGGCUGGCAACAAUCAAGUAUAUUUGUAUGAAUAUAGUUUUGUGGAUGAGGACACUCCCUUGGUACCUCACACUAAUGUACGAGGAGCUGACCACUGUACUCAGACAAUGGCUGUGUAUGACAUGAAGAAUAUCACACACGAGGAUGAAUCUCUAGCAACGCCAGAAUUGCAGAAAAUGAAAAAAGUUGUUCGUGAAAUUUGGCACAAUUUUAUUAAAACUGGAGUGCCAGUGCCAGAGGGCUCAUGGCUGCCGGCGUGGCCGGCGGCGGGCGCGGACCGGGCGCCGCACAUGUCGCUGGGCGAGCGGCUGGAGCUGCGCGGCGCGCUGCUGGCGGAGCGCACGCGCUUCUGGGAUGACAUCUACCAGAGAUAUUACCGGGACGCGGUGCCGCCGCCCACUCCGCCGCCCAGACCACGCAGCGAGUUGUAGAAUAGUCUCGAAAUUGCACUACUACUUGAGUUAUCUGCGCAACGUUGCGUAUAUUGUUUUUAGUCGUUGUAAGAGAAUUCAUCUAUUCUGUUCUUUGUAAAAACUUUGUUGUAAUUUAGACAAUUCCAUGCAUUUCAGAAGUUGGAAGUUGUAUGUCAUUGAUUGAAAAUAAUAAAAUUGAAUUUCUUUUUUAUGUAGGUAUUAUGUAUUAUAUAUAAAGAUCAGGCGUCUCAUUAAAAUAAGAUUAUCAGA